CUCUCUCAUUACUACAGUUUACAGGGCCAUAAGAGGCCGUCAGGUGGGUGGAGCCGUGGAACGAGAGCGGGACUAAAGCAGGUCCCGUUGUUGACACUUACCUGGGUGUUUCAGGUAUGCAAGCACGCGAGGCCAGUCCAUGCAUGGAUUUUCAUGCUAUACUCUCGACAAUGGACGCAGACCAUAGCGUUGCCUCACGACGCAACGGCGUCGGUCUGGUCUCUCAAAGCGUUAUUGUUACUUGGGGGCUCCAGCAUCGCACAUGUCCUUUCGAUCUACGUAUAGACCAUCGCGCAAAGAUCAGAGUCCACCCUUCAAAAGCAAGAUGCACGCACGUCGUUCGACAGCAAUUCUGAGUUAAUUUAUAUCCCCUCCACUCCCCCUUGUAUCCCAUGACGCCAGAGACACCUGCAUUCUCCGCCUCCGAGGGGGAAUACUCGCGCGUACGCGAGUCGUCGAACGACCGUGGCAGAGUGGAACGGCAUUCUACCUCUACAGACUCGCCAGUUAGCAGUAAUGCAACCUUGGUAAAUGAUGAGGACCGUCUACGGGUAGAGGUGUAUAAGCUCAUCCUAUCACCUCCCAACCAACAAACCAAUGACCCCACCACCACCGAUACUCAGGUCAUAUCUUCUACCUCUCAACCGACCUUCAGUCCCUUUGCGGCACCAUUCGUUCCUUCCCAGACGACCCUUUAUUCCAUCCCAGCACAUCCGCCACCGGCAUUGGUCUUGCAAGACAAGCCCAGCUGGCUCAGUUCCUUCUGGCAAGGGACGACGACAGGAGUAUACGCAGAGCAGAAACUGCAUGCCACGCGUAUGGUCGAAGCUAGGAAAUGGAGCUUUGUCGACGUUUGUUCCCUCGCGCAUAGGUUCUCCUGGCAGUGCGCAACGCCCGACACAUAUGGCCCGUUCGCACGUGCUGUAUAUGACGCUCUCAACGACUCGUGUGGUACAUGGUAUUCCUCCUGCUUCUGCUUCUACCUUAAGAAGGGAGCGAUCGAAUCCUUCGAGUACGCGUGGUCGAACAUCGAUCCCAUGAAGGCCGAUAAAGACGACUACACCUUCCGUAUAUCGUGCUUCGUGGCCGAACUUUAUGCAGUUGACCUGCUCUCCAAAGCCCGAGUGCACGAGUGCUUCGGAAAGGUCCUUCACAACAUGUGCUCUUUGGAGCAUAUCCAUAUCCUAUGGGAGAUGGUUUCUCGAGGGAAGGAGAGCCUUUGGCAGGGUCCAAAAAGCUCGCAACUGGUGACUGCUUUCACCAGUCUUUUCGCAAGAAGAACGGAAACAAUUCUCGGCGCCACCAACACCGGACCUCCUGCAAUGGUAGCCACGAAGGAAGUCAACGACAUAUCACAGAUGAUUCACAAUUGGCACAAUCAACCUUCGACCGCCAUCAGCACGACACAGAAGUCCAUAUGGGCAUAUCCGUCCUGAGAGCGACAUCCCUGGCGUCUAUUCCAUUCCGUUGUAGAAGAGAGGUACAUAGUGACGUAUCAUAUCGCCCCCAUCAUUUGACGGUAUUGGAUAAUCGAUUAUUGAGAAUUUGCAGGAUGUAACGAGGACGUCUCUCGAGCAACCUGACAGUGUGUGCCACCGGCAGCAGUACACUCGUCCUUGGAACUCCCUUCUAAGUAUAGGCAACCGUUCUCAAUCUUCCUAUGUGUUCUCGCGAAAUUCUAAAUACUUCUCACUGGGCCUGCGUAAGCAGACCUAAUUCUCGAUCCUGAUGUGUCUCUUGGCCCACUCGGCCGUGUCCCGAGUCGCGUUAAGAAGUGGGUCCAGGGCCGGGAGAAGCCAGGUGUCCGCACCAACGACUUCUGGAACCGGAUACUGAGCUGAUGCAGCCAGCGACAAAUACGUAUGAUAUGGAUCUA